UUGGAUGGAAGUAUGGCGCCCAGUCAAAACACACAGCUUGAGAAAGUCGUUGAUGAGGUGUUGAAGAGUGGAGAUUUCAAAGCUCUGGAUGUAUUCUUGCAAGGGGACACAAUUGAAGGGCCCCCCUUCAGAUGUUCCCCACAGUUUCUUACUAAAUUGGAUAAACUUAUCAGCAGGAGUUUGGAACAAAAAGAGUCAAAAUCAGCCAGUUUGGGACUUAGUAUUCUCUACAAAUGUGGGGGAAACCUAAAACUACCUGGUGGCGGCCAAGGGCUGUCAGGACUAAUAGCUCAAGGCCUGGUCAAAAAGAUGGUGCAGUGGUUUGAGAAAUGCAGGCAAAUGUUGAUCCAGUGUGGCCCCCAGUGGGAUAAGACCUUGUUCAACCUCUCUGAGGACUUCUUUGAAGCCUUACUGGUGGUUCAUGAAGCAUGCAAAGAGGGAACAUACAAAAUCACAGAGUGCUUUAUGAGUCCUAUUGGUCAGUUGGCAGUAGACCCCAGAAUCUACAUCCUGGUCCAAAAAGAGGCAAUUCGUAAAUUCAAUUUAAUUCUGGACAAAAUCCCAGCGGAGCUGAAGAAAAAACGAAAGUUCCUUACAUCCCAGGAAGCCUCAGAUAUCAUGCUCAAGAUUGCUGGUCAGAUAUUGGAUGGUGGUGAUUAUGACUUGCAGACAGCCCUGAUGGAAGCUUUGUGCCGAAUGGCCACUCUUGACCAGAGGAAGGAGUUAGCAGUCACAUGGUUCAACAUGGAGUAUGUGGCCAGUGCCUUUAUCAAGAUCAGUGAUUCAGAGUUUGAGACGGAUUGUCGCAAGUUCCUGAACCUGGUGAAUGGGAUACAGGGAGAGAAGAGAAGAGUCUUUUCCUACCCUUGUUUGGAGGCUUACCUGGACAAGAAUGAGCUGCUUAUGCCAGCUGAUGAAAAACUGGAAGAGUUUUGGAUUGACUUUAACCUCGGCAGCCGCAGCAUCUCCUUUUAUUUCUCUUUGGCUGAUGAAGAAAUGCAGGAGGGUCAGUGGGAAACAAUAUGCAUCAAUGAGAAUGAAGUUAAGAGCUACGCUGUCAAAGAGGAAGGAAAGACCAAAGUCUUGCAAUUGAAGUUGUCAGAGGUGGUGGUUGUGGGUGCAGUAGAAGGAUUGAGUCUGACCAUCCACUUCAGCUCGUCCCUGGACAUCCGUCAGGCUGCUCAUAGUGUCUAUGGACACCGCAAAGACAAUGGCUUUGUGGGGAAGACAAGCACAUCUGUUGUAAAGACUACAGUUAAAAUCAUAAUGGAAGAAAACAGCUCGCAGGUGGUUCCAGAGAGUCAGGUGUCCCUUGGAGAGAUUGAGAAAAAUACUGCCACCUACCUUUUACCUGUCCCGUCUGCACCUGUACAGAUGGUCACCCCAGCCAGGAUGAGGAUUUCUGAGUCGAUCACCUUCGUUAGUGGAAGCGGAGGAGGAAGUGUUCGUGGUGCAGGUUCUCUCUCUGCUGUUAUGCCAUCAAACACUUCAGCCAAAGGUAAAGGGAAGCCAACUCUGCAGAUGAUUCGUUCAAGUGAUCGGCAAGGUGAUAGUUCCCUGGGAGAGCUAAUGACAAAAAACGGCUCAACCAGUGAGACAAUAGCGAGUGGCAUGAAAAAGCAGAACAUGAGAAUAAAAGCAUCAGCUAUGACUCUAAGUGGACAGGAAGAAGAACAGUGUCUUGAUCAAACUUUUGUGCCUGACAGCCAACCGAGGAGUGAGAGAAAGAUGUCGGCUUACUGGAACAAAUUUUCAGUUUCUGAGAUGCUCAUAAUGCCCACACAGAAAGUGAACUACAUUCCAAGAAUUGAACCUUCAAAUUCAGAGCAGAAGAAAGAGCGCCUGUCCUCGGCACAGAGAAUGUCAGUUCCGGUCAACAGCCCAAUCAGCCAAAAGAAACUCCAUACUGAGCUCACGCAGCGCCUAAAGACGGUCCUUAAUGAGAGGAACCAUGAUCUAGCACCUCAGGAGCCAGCAGCGCCAAAGAGAAAACUGGAUACUAGAGAGGACGCUAAACGCAGCGUCUCUUCAGACCAAUGGGCUUCCAAAGAGCAGAAGGUCAAGAGAAUUGGUCCGGCAAGACAGAAGAGCAAAGACAAAUUGUCUCUUGAGCCACCUGCUGCUCAAACCAAAGCUCCAGCUAAGGCCUCAACAAGCAAAGGUGUACAUGAGAAGAUACUACCUGAUGUUAAAGCUCAAACUGACAAAGCCCUUUCAAGAAAAGAAAAGAGAGAUUUAGCAGUAGCAGGCAGCAUGGUGAAGCUCAUCUCUAGCCAUUACGAGACUAAAACCCAAUCCACCGCUAAAGAGCCUGCAGAAAAUAUCGCUCAGGGCUCGAUUCCUCCUCCAAACCUCACCAGGAAGGUGUUUGAUAUGGGGUGGUUACCAACCACUACAAAAAAAGAAUCUGGAGCUGUAAGCCGAAUGAAACCCAACAGCAAAACCACAACAGUCUUCCCAAGGCAGAGAGAAGAUAUUUUUGCAUUCAGCAUCGAUGAACCAUUGAUUAUUGGGGGGAAGGACAAAACCUUCAAUAACACUUCUACAAUGUCAAGCAGUGGCAUCAAUGACUCUUCAGCACUCUUCAAGACAACCAGGAAAGAACAACCUGUUCAAAAAGAGAAGCGGCAUGUGAAGAAGCAUCUGUUCAGCGACACAGACACAGACUAUGCCAUGACAGAGGUCAGCUGGCUGAGGGAGUCGAGCAGGAAGCCCAAACCAAAAGUUACCAAAUACUCCAGGCAGCCAAAUGUCAAGCCUAAAUCCAUGUCACCCUAUACUUCAUAUGUAUCCCCAGAUGUACCUUCACCCUCUCAAAAACAAGUAAAGAGGGAUACAAAACCUCAUAAGAAGAAGCCUGCCAUGAAGGCGAGAGUGGAGCACCCAAAGAAGACUGUGAAACCAGCAGUAGCAGCCAGCAGCCCACAUGCAGCGGGCAGGAGGUCCAAGAGAGCUGCUGCCACAUCUCGCAAAAGUUACAGAGAGCCAGACAGUGAUGAAGAAUCAGAGCAGCCUAAUGCUCUCAACCCUGUAUGUUACUGCACUUGCUCAUUUCAAAAUUAUCCUGUAGAAGAGAUCAUUUUGUCAUGCUCCUCCACUAAUCACCUGGAGAAAAGACUUGGGGCUGCUAAAGUGAUAAAGAAAACGACAGACGGCAAACAACCAACAAAAAGCUAUAUGAAGCUAGAAAGCUACAAUAAUAUCAGCCUGUCAGAGUCAGUGUCAGAACUGACACACACCUCCAAGAAAUAUUUUGCAGAUCCGAAAAACAAGAAGACCAGUCUAGAAGUUCAAGAAGUAAAGAAGAGGAAAGAAACCUCCAUUGAGAAAUCAGCGGAGGCCUCCAAGGCAUCGGAAAGAAAGAAGCUGUUGGAUCUAAAAAAAAAAUCUGGGUUCAAACAGAAAAGACCUGAUAUAGUACUUCCAGAAACAUUAAAUAAGAAAAUGAUUGCCCCUGCUGAAGAACUAACGAGAUCAUUGAAGGACUGGGUGGCCGGCCAGACCUCCUUUUGUCUGUCUCCUCCUUUCAUUGACAGGAUGAGAUCUGCCGAGAGGUCAGCCCCAACCUUGGGUUUGACCUGUUCCCCUCUCCUCACUCCACGGGGAUCCCCACUCCCUGCCUCCCCUGACCCUCCCUGCCGGGACACCCCCUCUUCAAUCCUGCUGUUACCCAAACCCCGCUCUACAGUCAGCAGUAGAGGAAACUUCAAGCCUCUUCAGUACAGAGGAAACGCUUUCUACAGUGCAGAGAAGAAGCGCCGCUCGUCCAAGACUCCAUCCAUUCGUUCUGUUAGCUCUAACCAUUCAUUGACCCCCAGAGGUCAAACCCCUGCACCUGGAAACUCCUCCGGACCUAGGGCACCUAAGUACCCACCCUCACUGCCAGAAUCUGGUUUGCCUCUUUCUGAUCAGCCCCUGUUGACCUCCACUCUCCUGGAACUGGACAAGCCUUCCAUGCCCUCUCCUCCUCAGUCUCCAUUCACUGAAGACGCCAUCCAGCAAGACUGCUAUCUUAGUUUCAGUAAAGUGUCUUCAGUAUCACUGAGCCAGUCCUCCACAAAGUCACCGGUUCACAAUCAGAGAGCUAAAGACAGCCCUACUUCUGCCCUGGCUGUCUCUCAUAAAAGAGAGAAAACACCAAAUUCAGACCAAGACCAUCAACCUGCACAGCUUCAUGUCUCUGGACCAAGUCGCAAGCGCCGCAUGUCCUUGUCCAGUAAUUCUGAGGAAGAUGAGGAGGAAGAGCAGAUGAAGAGCACAGGGAGAGGACAGCGUUCUCCUCGGAUGAAACCAAGGAAGUUGUUCAAAUCCUAUGCUGAGAUGUCUGUCGAGAGUGAGGUGAGUCAUGUGAUGUCUACUUCCCACACGAUGAGCUCCAGUCACUGGGAUGCUGAAACAGGAGAUGGUGACAUGGACAUGGAGGAGGAAUUGGAGUUGCCAAAAAUGGCUCUAAACCCGAGUAACCUGUGUCAGCAAUUCAGUACUGAGCUGACGAAGAAGUUCCAGAACCGUCAUGAGAUGGUGGAGGUGUACAACAAGCAGUCCCUGAAGACUGUCCAGCAACAUGUAUCCUCACUCAACAUGCAAGUCAACAAAUUCAGGACAGAGAGGCUUGAAAAAGUCCGGACUGUCCUCUUGGAAGAGAUCCACAAACUGGAACAGGAUGAGACUGUGCUAAAAAGCAUGGAGAAAGACCUGACUAUGUACUGGAAAAAGCAGAUCACUGAGUACCAUUCUUACCACGAGCACAAAACCAGGAGGAACGAGACCCUGGCAAAAUUCCUGCAAAGUAACGUGUGUCCCAGCUUGGAAUAUGAGGAGAAAAUAUUCACAUCCCAGAUGUGCCUGAUUAGGAGAGACAUGAAGUCAGUUCAGGACAGACUCCUCAGUCAGAUGCAAGAGGGCGAGAUCCAGAGUGUGAAGAGAGGCCUGCAUGCUUUGUUUUUCCCCUGAGGAAACCAAGUUUGAGUUGAACUAAGUUCUACCAAAGGUCCCUACAAUGUAGAAAAAAAAAAGGUUGUAUAUUUCACCACAAAGUGUGUGGUACAUGUGCAGGUUUUAUUUCAAAGUGUUGAUUUUCCAGACUGUGUUUUUAUUGAGUAUGGAUAUGUUGGGUCUAUUAUGACCUGAAUGUGUUAUUGCUAUAUGUUUGAUCUUAUUAGAAAUGUUAUAGCAUUCUUGUAUCUCUUCUACGGUGAAAUUCAUUCAUUGUUAUAACUAUUCAUUCAUUCAUGACUUAGAUUCCCCCUCCCAUGUAUGUGAUGUGCUUGGCUCUGAGAUUAUUUUUAUAUCAAUUUCAGAAUGUUUUCAUGCAAGUUCGUUAGGUUUUUAAAAAAUGGCAAACUAAAUAUUAAUUUAAGAAGUUCAAUCUCACCAAUUAUUUUUUAACAUGUUUAACCUGAAUUUCAUUUGAGAAUAAAACAUUUUGAAAAACGAGACAA